ACGACCUCGAAUACCACGGCAUGUAAAGAACCAACUCUGCCAGGAACCCAUUCAAUUAACGCCAAAAUGUCCGGAGCUGGUUAUGAUGUGGUAGUCGAUGUUGACGACGAGGGUGACCUUGGACAUACUGAUCUUCAAGAAGACCUUGAAUUUCACUCCUCGAACUUCAAUGCCGAUGCUUCCUCGUCGUCUCGCAAAGUACCUGGCGCCUCACCAGGCCUUCCUCCUCCUGCGACGACAGGCAGCGGCUCCUCCAAGCGUUUCCUCUGGAGCUUAUCUUUCUACGCCCAAUUCUUCGAUGUCGAUACUAGUUCGGUGCUGUCAAGAUGCUGGGCGGCAUUAUACCCACGGGCAAACUUCCUUGAUGUCCUAGAGGGCAACCCGGAUCUCUAUGGCCCGUUCUGGAUUGCCACCACAGUUGUCUUUAUUCUCUUUCUAGGCGGGACCAUCAGUCAGUAUUUAGCUGAGACGGGGAAGGCACGGUUUGCAUAUGAUUUCAAGCUUCUGAGUGGUGCCGCUGGUCUCAUCUACGGCUAUACCCUCGUCAUUCCUGUCACUCUCUUCCUCGCUCUCAAAUACUUCGGCAGCGAAUCCGCAAAUGUCCUGGAGUGUUGGGCCCUUUAUGGCUACGCCAACCUCAUUUGGAUUCCCGUUGCACUGAUCUCUUGGUCCCCGAUUACGAUCCUGAACUGGGUGUUCGUAGGAGUCGGGUUUGGUCUCAGUGUAACCUUCUUAUUAAGAAAUCUGUACCCAGUCUUGGCCGCUACGGAUAAGCAGACGAGCAAGGUGUUGCUGAUCCUGGUGGUUUGUCUUCAUGCGGGCUUGGCCAUUACAAUCAAGGUACUAUUCUUUGCACACGGAAGCCCCGUAAAGAAAGACCCCACCAAGGCAGAAGACCCGGCGAAGUUCUUGGUGUUCUAAAACAUUUGUAAGAUAGCAGGAGUUCAGUUCUCACAAGGGCAGGUUUAGACUUUCUGGGCCAGAUGUACAAUGAUGAUGAUCCUUUUUUACACUAAAUACCGGC